AUGGUGUUCCACCCUCCCGCCUGGGUUCCAGAACUCCCGAUUGCGCCCCCGGAUUCGAUUCCAAUUGCAGAGUUCAUGAGCAACGAAGCAUAUGGCCGCCGUCCACUUUCUGAGAGCAGGCACCCUUUCACCUGUGGUAUCACUGGUCGCACAUACUCGGCCACCGAACUCUUUCAACGUUCCGAGCAUGUGGCUAGGUCCCUAGCUAAGAGACUUGGCUGGGAAGUGAACCAAGGCACUGCUUGGGAUAAGGUACUGGCAAUCUUCUCGCUCAAUACAGUCGAUUUCGUAACGGCGAUAUAUGGAGUUCACAGGCUAUCUGGAAUUGUUACUCCAGUCAACGCUGCAAGCUCGGCUGCAGAAUUGGCACAUCAAUUGAAGUCAUCAGGAGCUAGGGCUCUGGUCACUUGCGCCCCUUUGGCAGAGACUGCUUUCGCGGCUGCCCGGAGUGCAUGCAUACCUGAUGAGAACAUCUUCUUGUUCGACAUUCCAGGCAUGGAAACAUCUUCGCAAAUCACUCACAGGACGAUUGAGAACCUCGUCAAGCAAGGUUCUAAUCUUCCCGAGCUCGAUCCUCUCAGAUGGGUCCCGGGACAAGGAGCUCGGCAGCCCGCCUUCCUGUGCUAUUCAAGCGGAACUUCAGGGCUACCAAAAGCGGUCAUGAUCUCCCACGCUAAUGUCAUUGCAAACGUGCUGCAGCAUGUCACCUACGACUCAGUUGGCCGAGCAAGGAAAGGUGUCGAAACGCAAGCAGUAUCAGGCUUUCUGCCCUUUAGCCAUAUCUACGGUUUGGUCAUUGCAUGUCAUACUAGUACUUGGAGGGGCGAUCAGGUCAUUGUUCUCCCCAAGUUUGAGCUAAAGGCUUUUCUCGAAUCAAUUCAAGGAUUCGAAAUUCGUCAGCUUCUACUGGUACCGCCUAUCAUCAUCAGGAUGUUACAGUUGAAGGAUACUUGCGCAAAGUACGACUUGAGCAGUGUCAAGUUUCUAUAUAGCGGAGCAGCACCUUUAGCUGAGGAAACCAUGCAAGAGCUGAAAAGCAUUUAUCCUGGAUGGACAGUUGGUCAAGCGUACGGUCAUGAGCACGACAUCUUUAUGAAAGCCUCCGGGUCUUUACUUCCAGGAACCAAAGCCAAAAUCGUAGACACGGCGGGCAACGAGAUCACUAGCUAUGAUUGCUCGGGAGAGCUUCUGGUCCAGGCCCCUUCCGUUGUGCUAGGCUAUCUUAACAACGAGAAAGCAACAACUGAGACGUUUGUUUUUGAUGCUGAUGGUCGUUGGAUACGGACAGGAGACGAGGCUCUCUUUACUCUAGCCCCAUCUGGUAACGAGCAACUCGUCAUUGUUGAUCGAAUCAAGGAACUCAUCAAAGUCAAGGGUCAUCAAGUUGCCCCCGCGGAGCUCGAAGCGCAUAUCCUCUCACAUCCUUCUGUCUCAGACUGUGCAGUGAUACAAGUACCCGACGGGCGCUCUGGAGAAGUGCCCAAGGCUUUUGUUGUGCGAAGCCCCGUUGCGGAGGCAGCUGCUGAAGAAGAGCUUGUGCAGGAUAUUAGCAAGUAUGUGGCGGCUCAUAAAGCCCCGUAUAAACAACUGAAAGGUGGUGUUGAGUUUCUAGACUCUAUUCCAAAGAGUCCAAGCGGAAAGAUUCUCAGACGGGUUUUGAGAGAUAGAGAGAAGCGCCGAAGCAAGAUAUAG